AUGGAAACUGCUGCGUUCGUUGUGGCGGGGCCCUCGCCAGCGGUUUUUGCAACGCCAGCGCCAGCUCGAGGCUUGCCCAGACAAAGUGCCCGACAGUGGCAAGGAGCUGCAGGCCCUUGUGCAGCCGCGGCUGCAGCAGCUGUUUCAGCUGCUGUCACACGAAGGGCUAGGAAUGCUCGCAUUGCUCGAUCUGCGAAGUUGAGCGACAACCCCUGGGAGGACAUCAACAAGCGCAACAGGGUGGAAGGUCAGACGCAGGCUGGCGCCCCCUGGUUCAUGCCUGGUUGGGGUGGAGAGCUGGACCAGGACCCAGACGACGAGGAGGAGCUGGACCGCAAGAAGCCCGUGGAGGAGUCAGUGUGCCUUGGCAAACUUGCGCCCGAGAUUUACGAACAUCAGUGA